AUGGCCAGGCCCGUCCUGCCCCGUCCGGGAUUGGCUGUGCGUGCCGCAGCCCUCCACCCCGCCCCGCUCAGCGUCUUCCCGGGAUUGGCUGAGCUCCCCGAUUUCUCCAAGGCUCGGCUGCGAGCCCCGCCCUCGCCCAGAGUCUUCCCGGGAUUGGCUGCGGGCCCCGCGACCCUCCUCCUCCCCUCCCCGCCCCGCCCCGCCCGGCGCCGCCUCUCUGGUUUGUUCGGCCCGCGCAGGUCGGCCGCCUCUUUGUCAGCUGUAAUGGCGUGGGCGGACGCGCCACUACUUUGUAGCGGGUUUCGGGCGGGCCAAGCGUGCGGCGACAGGAACCCAACCCCAGCCGACCUUGAGCUCAGGAGUUCGUCUCUUACGUCUGCGGAAGUGCAGCUGCCUCAAUCCUUAGCACAGGUUGACAACUACAGGUACAAGCCAUUGAAGCUGGAAUGUCCUGUUGCUGGUAUUUCAGUUGACUUAAGCCAACUAUCCCUUCCAUUACAAUAGGAAAGUGCCUCUAAUAAGGCUAAAUAUGCGUACUAACUUGUAGCAUCCACGUGUCCGUGCAGUGCCACAGGAGCUAGAGCAGUGGGACAAUGCUGGUGGCAACAGGACAAUGUAGCAGGUGCUUCAUGUUCACCUUUUCAACCUUUUUCAUUUAAUUGUCACAACUCAGAGGUGGAUUCUGUUAGGGACAAGCUGCCCCAGGACCACCCCGCCCCCGGCAACUCAAUGCAGCUGGCCCUUAACCUGAAUAGUCUGCAGCUGCAUUCCUGAACCCUUAUCUAGGUGCCACAGCAAGGUCCCCAGACUUGCUACACCGAAGCCCUCCGGGUGGCACGGGGGAGGUCAUGAGAAACGUGGAUAAACCUAAGUUACACCCCCUUGUAAAUUCCUGUUUUCACAAGAUAAUAUAUUGUAAGCCGGCCACGAGAUGAAAUGUAGUAAAGUUAAUCAACUAACAACCCCCCGGGUCUCUCUCUCCCCCAUAUAAACCCCCCAUUUUGUAAGCUCCAGGCUGCCACCUCUGACAGGUGGAGCCCGGAGUGGAGCUCCGUGGCUCCACCUGUCAGAGGGAGCCUGGGUGGAGAAGCCCGGCAGGUUAAUAAACUUACUUGCCUGA